CAUCUGAAACACACACAAAAAGAAUCGUUAAAUCCAGAACAGAGGAAGAAGACGAAGAAACUGGCAACUGCAACAGCAGUGUUUAUGAAAGUUCGUUUACUUAGUUAUUUCUUUUGAGAUAAAGAGUUAAGAAGAAUAAGAAAUGUCUGCAAAACUUCUGCAUAACUUGUCAGAUGAGAAUCCAAAUCUGAAUAAACAGUUUGGAUGCAUGAAUGGGAUCUUUCAAGUGUUUCACCGGCAACAAUAUCCGGCGAGACCAGUCUACAGCGAUGUAGAAAAGUCUCUGCCUCCAGGCGAAAGAAAGGAUCUUGUCGGUGAUAUUAACAUGGAAAGUGAUAAAGAAACGAAAUUGCAGGGAAAGAGUACCAAGAAGAAGAAGAAGUCUGCAGUGAAAAAAAAGCAUAGAGCAUCUUCUGAAUCAUCUUCACGGCCUUCCUUUUCGUCUUCUCCACGCUCCUCGAGCUUCUCGUCUACAGAAGUCAGUACCACGGCUUCUCAAUUCGACCAGCCUGGUGAGACACAGGUCAGAGAACAGCCUAAUGUUGUACCAAUGAUGCCGUUUGAUCUAAAGGAGCUUGUGAAAGGCUCUAUUAAUAGAGAAAUGAGAACCAGACGUCAAGAAACAGCAGCCUUCACUCAGCAGCAGCAGCCCAAUUCAGCUAGAACUAGUUCAAAUGAGUGGAAUGAAGGUAGAGGAAGGGCUUUGAAGUUUAAGGAAAGUCAUAGGCUUUCUUAUGACGAGAGGGAGAUGAGAAACAACGGAUACAAAAUGGGCCCGAAGUUGAAAGAGACACCUAGGUUGUCCUUGGAUAGUAGAUCAAGUCCUCCACCAACAGUGAGUCACAGGAGAUCGAGUUCGAGUAUUGUUGCCAAACUGAUGGGGCUUGAAGUCAUUGCAGACAAUUUUGCAGCCGAGCAGAGAAAAGAGAACCUGUUUUGCGACUCCCCAAGGCCACAACCAACAGCUCUACAGAGAUCUAGAAGCGUUGGUUCCAUCAAGAAGAUACUACCUGCUUCUUCUAAGUUUCCGAUGGAACCAGCUCCGUGGAAGCAAAUGAAAGCAGGAGACGCUGCACCGACGGUUUAUGGAGAGAUUCAGAAGAGGCUUACGCAGCUGGAGUUCAACAAGGCGGGAAAAGAUCUCAGAGCUCUUAAGCAAAUACUUGAGGCUAUGGAAAAGACGCAGAAAACUCACCAGCUAGUUCCAGCUGCAACAAGUCCAGCAGCUAUGAACUCUAAAUCUACAUCCAUCGUUGUAAUGAAACCAGCGGCUCCAGUUUCCACUUCUUCGCUGCAACAGAAGGCCGCCUUGCCAAAUGUCAAUGUUGGCAACACCAGACAAACUCAAAAAGUCACCUCGGGGAAGCAGAACAUUGAUUCGACCAAGAGCACUAGCACAAAACCAAUAAGGUCGAGGCAAACUUUGGUGGCCAAGUCAGGUAAGAGCCAACAGCAAAGCGUUAGCCCAAGAAUGCAACCCAAAAAGCUCGGGUUUGAGAGGCAGUCGCGACCAACUACUCCAAAAUCAGAGCCAGGCAAGAUCCAAAGGCAGCUAGGUAGUAGACAGCAUACAGAGUCAGUCUCACCGAGAAGAAAACAAGGGAUAAUAAAACCACGCAGUACUCUUCAGCAACCUGAUGACCGAUUAAGCGAUGCGAGCAGUGACUUGAGAAGUUUAAGAUCUGAUAGCAACAUAAGCUUGGGAUCCAAUGUUGACAUCGAAGUUACAAGCAAACAUCGGCUGGAGAGAAACUGUGACUUCACAGAGCUGCACACCCCAAAACAAAGGAAUCCAGACUUUAGAACCGAACAAGACAGACCAUCUCUCAAACCUCUGAAAGUUACAGUUGAACAACCAAGCCCUGUUUCAGUUCUUGAUGCAGCCUUCGACGAAGAAGAUUCACCGUCCCCUGUGAGGAAGAUAUCUCUUAGUUUCAAAGAGGACGAUGAACUACGUUCUGAAGCAUCUAUGUGGAUAAAUAAGCCUACCGGCGUCUGCAGAUCCAUACUAUUGCCUGAGAAUAAGGGUCCAACGCAGACAGACUCUGAUCUCCUCGAAUGCUUCCCUAAUGAAGAUGCAAACUUCAAAAGCGGCGACCACAAGUACAUCUCGGAGAUACUGUUGGCAUCAGGGCUUCUGAAAGAUCUUGAAUACAGCAAGCUAAGCAUCCAGCUGAACCAAGCACGUCUCCCUAUCAACCCUGGACUGUUCUUCUUCCUGGAACAGAACAAGGACAGCAAUAUGACUCUACUAGACAACAAACACAGAGGCAGAGGAUUCAGUCAACAGCAGACAAACCUGACAGAGAAAAUCAGGAGAAAACUUGUCUUCGAUACCGUUAAUGAAAUUCUAGCUCAGCGGUUCACUGCAGAAGGUUGUACCAAACCACGGUUUACAGCAAAUCCUGUUGCAACAAUGGAGAACAAAUCAAAAGGGGAGAAACUUCUGCAGUCUCUGUGUUCGGAGAUUGAUAGGUUACAAGAGAACAAAUCAAAGUGUAUCUUGGAGGAUGACGAGGAAGACAUCAUAUGGGAGGACCUGCAAUGUCAUCGCAUGAAUUUGAAGGAGUUUGAAGGUGAGAAUCCAGGGAUAGUGUUAGAUAUUGAGAGGAUGAUUUUCAGAGACUUGGUUAGUGAAGUUUGCUUCUGUUAAUUUAAUGGGUAUCACUUAGAAUUGUAAAUGGUUUCUGGGUUUUCAGCCUUGUUUCUUCUCUUCCUACUUGAUUGUGUAACAAGCAUAUAUAUAUAUACAGGUCUAAUUAAUAAAGUAAAAAAUGCUAAGAGCAUAGUUGGUCAA